AUGUUGUUCUUACUCUUUUCCACGUUUGCUUCAGCGGCCGCAGCGGCCGCAGCGGUCGUCAUCCCCGGCCCUCCUGGCCCGUACCCGGUCGCCUUGCGGGUGAGAGCCUUUGAAGACGCGGCGCGGUGGGAUCCCCACGCCCCUCAAGACCAGCCCGAAAAACGAAGGGUCUUGGUCUCCGUCCACGUACCCGUGAAGAAGGAAGCCAACUGCUCUGUUGAGACGGUUCCCUACGUACCACCGACCACGGAAGUUGUGUUCGGCCAAGCGGCCGCAGCUUUGGGGCUGCCGGACACUAUCGUCUCUGGAAUGGAGCUCGAGUUCUGCGGUAUCGCGGCAGCUUGCGGCGGGCCCGACAGGAGUGUCAAGUAUCCUCUUGUUCUUUUUUCCCACGGUCGAGGCGGUUCCAGACUUGCACACGGCGUGCUGGCGCGGUCUCUUGCCAGUUUUGGGUAUAUUGUCGUUACGCUGGACCAUACGUACGAUGCCGCCGUCGUCGAGUUCCCGGAUGGAAGGGUUCGUUAUGCAGAGAACACGACUAAUAGAAACACGACCUACGUUGAGAGCCUUCUCGAGAGUCGACAAAAAGAUGUCUCCUUCAUAAUCGACCAGCUUCUAGACACCUCGGUAGCCACCCCACUACUUUCCGGAACCCAGGCCAUCAUCGACUGGAAGAAGAUCUUCGUCGCUGGUCAUUCACUCGGAGGCGCUACAGUGGCUGCAUCACUUUACGCCGAUGACCGCGUUCUCGGUGGUCUCAACUUUGACGGGUUGAUCAUCGGGCCAGUCCAAACUGAAGGCACCGACAAGCCACUGGUACUGGUCGGCACGCCGGCGACAUUUGACUACAUGAUUGGUUGGAAUGAGACCUGGUCCAAUCUCCGCGGCCCAUCGCUGAUGUUGAUCAUAAACGGAACGACCCACCAGUCUUUCAUUGACGCUCCUCAGCUCCCGGCCGUAAAGGCCUUGCCCGCAGAGUAUGGCGAUCUCGUCAAGCAGAUCUUGGGCACGAUCGAUAGUGACACACUGGCUUAG